AAGAAAACAGACCGAACGCGCGAGCGGCUGGUGCGCUGCAGCUCUCGGAUCUCGCGGUCAGCCGGUGACGGGCGCGAGGAUAUAAAAUAACAGUUCCGGUAUUCGAAAAAAAUAAACAAGACAACAACAAAGGCGACAUGAGGAGAGGAGCCGCGGCGACGUGAACGGAGCACGAGCGCACGGAGGACUCAGGUUCUUUCAGAAGUCCAGCGUGCCCGCGCGUGCGCGUGUGUCUGUGUGUGUGCCCCGCGCGCUCAGCAUGGCGGAGAGAGGAGGGUCCCGGCUCAGCUUCCCCGGGAGCGCGCUCAACACGCCGGUUCCCAUGAACCUGUUCGCCACGUGGGAAAUAGAUGGCUCCUCUCCACACUGCAUCCCCAGGCUGUGCAGUCUGACGCUGAAGAAGUUGGUGGUUCUGAAGGAGUUGGAUAAAGAGCUGAUCUCGGUCGUCAUCGCCGUCAAAAUCCAGGGCUCCAAGCGUAUCCUGCGCUCUCAUGAGAUCAUGCUGCCCCCUACUGGAGCAGUGGAGACUGACCUGGCCCUCACUUUCUCUCUGCAGUAUCCUCACUUCCUGAAGCGAGAGGGGAAUAAGCUGCAGAUUCUGCUCCAGAGGAGGAAGCGCUACAAGAACAGAACCAUUCUGGGCUAUAAAACUCUCGCCGCUGGAUCUGUGGACAUGGCUGAGGUGAUGCAGCACCCUGCUGAGGGGGGUCAGGUUCUCUCUCUCUGCAGCCAUCAGAAGGAUCUCCAGGGUAAAGUGGCUGAGAUCUGGAUUUACUCUCUGUCCAGUCAGCCUAUCGACCACGAGGAGGCAGCACUGCUGGGACAGAAGAUCAAAUGCUCCGAUAAUUACUCUGAGGAGGAGUACGAGAGUUUCUCGUCAGAGCAGGAGGCCAGUGAUGAUGCGGUACAGGGGCAGGACCUUGAAGAUGACGAGUUUGAUGUGAGGAAGCCUAAAAAACAGCGCAGAUCAAUCGUACGGACAGCGUCCAUCACAAGACAGCAGAACUUUAAGCAGCGUGUUGUCGCUCUGCUGAAGCGGUUCCGCGUCUCUGAUGAGGUGUUGGAUUCGGAGCAGGACCCCGCAGAGCCCCCCCCGGAGGUGGAGGAGGAGGAUUUGGAGAGUUUGGACUUUGAGAACCCGAGUGACAGCGGGCCGGAACUGGACGAUGACGACAGCGUCCUCAGCACGCCCAAACCACAGCUGAAGCCGUAUUUUGAGGGCGUGUCUCUGUCGAGCUCUCAGACGGAGAUCGGCAGCAUUCACAGCAUCAGGAGCCACAGAGAACCACCCAGUCCUAUGGAGCCUGAUAAGCUGAAGACUGUUGGAGGGAAGUUUCAGGUGGAUGAAGCUCCUGAAAGUGUCACAUUUGGGCAGCCAGAGGUUGUGACCCCUACCACAGAGUUAGAAAUGAUGGACAAUAUGGACACCUUCCUGGAGAAGCUGCCCCCUACUGGCAAAAUGACCAAAACGGAAUCACUGAUCAUUACCUCCAACAGACAGGAGCCGAAGCUGGCCGGCCGCAGGGGGAGGAGCACGUCUCUGAAGGAACGGCAGACCAGCCGGCCGCCCAACGAGAGAGCCAACAGCCUGGACAACGAACGCUCGCUGGACCCACGCUGCCACCUGCAGAUUCCACGUAAAACCGUUUAUGACCAGCUGAACCACAUCCUGGUGUCUGACGAUCAUCUUCCUGAGAGCAUUAUCCUCAUCAACACCUCCGACUGGCAGGGCCAGUAUCUCUCCGAUGUCCUCCAGAAUCAUGGUCUCCCUGUAGUUUGUACCUGCACCACGGCCGACAUUCAGGCAGCCUUCAACACCAUCGUCUCUCGGAUACAGAGAUUUUGUAACAGUAAUUCCAUCACUCCUGCGCCAGUGAAAAUAGCUGUAGCAGGUGCUCAGCAUUACCUGUCCGCUGUGCUCCGCCUGUUUGUGGAUCACCUGACCCAUAAGACUCCUGAUUGGCUCGGCUACCUGCGCUUCCUCAUCAUCCCACUGGGAGCCCACCCAGUCUCUAAGUACCUGGCCAGUAUAGAUUACAGGUAUAGCAGUCUGUUUCAGGACUCAGCGUGGAGGGACUUAUUCUUUAAAACUGAGGCUCCUGUUAUAGUGCAGGAUAAUCCGGAUGUGGUCGCCAGGGUAACGCAGUACAUGCUGGGGGCUAAUGGAGCUCAUCAGCUGCCCAUAGCUGAGGCCAUGCUAACGUACAAACAGAAGAGGAAAAAGAGCUUUCAUUUUGAUUUUGCAGUAAGCCCGGAUGAGGAUUCCUGUCAGAAAUUCAUCCCGUUUAUUGGGAUGGUGAAGGUGGGGAUUGUUGAACACAGCUCUGCAGCUUCAGGUGAUUCAGAUGAUGCUGCUCCAAUGGGUUCUCUCCUCUCCUCCACUCCUCCUCAGAUAUCUCCAGCUCUUAAAGAAGCUUCUCCUACUCCUCCCUCCUCUCCGUCCGUUCAUUCGCCUUUCUGCAGUUCUCCGGGUGGCGGGCAGGGGGAGCUAAUGGGUCUGCAGGUGGAUUACUGGGUGGCUCCGACGGAGAGGAAGAGAGACGUGGAGAAGAGAGACUCCUCCUCCAAGAACACGCUCAAGUGCACCUUUCGCUCGCUGCAGGUUAGCCGCCUCCCACUGGGCGGGGCGGAGGCGGGGCCACAGCCGACCAUGUCCAUGACUGUAGUGACCAAGGAGAAGAACAAGAAAGUGAUGUUUCUGCCCAAGAAGACGAAAGAUAAAGAGGUGGAGUCUAAGAGUCAGGUGAUCGAGGGAAUCAGCCGGUUAAUCUGCACUGCCAAGCACCAGCAAACCAUGCUCAAAGUGUUGAUAGAUGGCGUCGAGUGGAACGAUGUGAAGUUUUUCCAGCUGGCCGCUCAGUGGUCAUCUCACGUGAAGCACUUCCCCCUGGCCAUUUUCGGACACUCCAAAGGGCCGUACUGAGACAGUGCCCCCUACUGACCCUCCACCUGUUUGUCCAUCCUUUAUGUGCCAACUGCCUUUAACACCCCGCUGCCGUCCAGUUUUGUCCUUACGUCUUAAUUUAAACACCUGCUUUUAUUUUUUUGUUAGUUAUUUAGUUUUAUUGUUUUUAUGACAGACGGGCAGCAGGGUGGAGCUUUUCUCCCAGCGAGCAUUUUAAACCCUCCUUUGUUUUUAGAGCCUAACUGAAGACUAAUGAACUGAUCGUAUGGAUUGAUUAACUGGCUAACUGAUGGCUGUUUGAGUGUAAACCCCCCCGUCCCACCACAGAGAUGGGAAAUCAGGACAAGAUGACGGUGUUUCCCCCCCUAAGAAUGAGCACUGCACUUCAUCACUGAAGGAUCUGCACCUGACUGAAACUCUGAAAUACUCACUGAAUGGUUCUGGAGUGAUUUCACUGCAGGCUUUCACCACAAACCCCAAAAUCAGCUUCAGCUCCUCUAGAGUCUGUCGUCCUCUCUGAAAGUGAUAGUUCAGCCAAAAAUCAGCCCCCUUUACCCCAAAUGUAGUCGUAAUGUUCUGGAUGUGAUGUGGGAGCGGAGGGACGCAGGGCAGGAGGCAGCAGAGCAGUUACUGUAAUGAAGGUUCUUCUCAACAUCAGCAUAAACAGAAUGAAAAGACAAAGAUGAAACAACAGCUUCUUAAAAAAAUGUUAUCUUGUAAAAAAGCAAAAUUAUCUUAAAAAUAGUCAAUAAAUCUAAUAUUUCUCAUGUUGAGUUUGUUGAUCGCUUAAUUGUAAGAUUGUUUACCUUAUUUCUAGACAUUAUUUAGUUUUAGGUCAUUUUAUUAGGUCAAAUUUUCUCACUAUAUUGGCAGAUAAUUUUACUUGUUGUAAGAAACGAGCUCAAAACCAGCGAAAUUAUCUGCCAGUACAGUGAAGCCAUUUUACUCCAUAAAAUGACCUAAAACAAGUAAAUAAUGUUAAGAAAUAAGUAUUAUAAUAUAUUAUAUUAUUAUAUAUUAUAUUAUAUAUUUCUUAUAAAUAAGAAAUAAGUGCACAACCAUCUCAAAAUGGGAAAUAUUAGACAUAUUGACUGGAUGUAAGACCAUUUCACUUGACAAGAGACCAUUUUUUGCAGUAAUUCAUAACGCGACGCAAGUACGUGCAGCAUUCUGAGGGUCACAGCAAGGGGCGCUAUAACGACAGCCAAGCCUGACCAUGCAGCCUUGUACCGCCAGCAUGCUUUUUCAACUGCCACAGCAGAUGACCACUUAAGUCUCACGCAAAGAUGGCAUAAAAAUAUGAUUGACUUUCGCAUUUACAAUCCAACAGAAGAGGUGAAGCAGCUCACCCUCCUCUACUGUCCACGUUUAGCCACCGAGGCUGCUGGGAUAACAGUAGAUCCCUCUCUGAUCUGUACUCUAGCGCCCCCUUCAGUACUGAGUGUUUUAACCUCCACAGCAACGUAAGAACGCGAGGUGAGUUUGUACAGAAGGACCGAGCGUUUGCAAUGCGUUGGCGUCCUUGCGUUGAGUAUGUUUCUGGCCUAAGGCCCAGCCCCUUUUUUAAUUUUAACCCUUUUUUCGAGUGUUGCCCCUUGGAGCUGAGUUACAGGGUAGUGGUUAAG